AGUGUAUACUCGUGCCCGCUCCUGUUAUCCUUCCGAAGGCAGGCGGAUAACACGGAGAAGCAGCGAUGGAAACCUCACUGUUGAUCGCUACGCCUCCUGUUCCAUCUCGCCGCCUCCUCUUGUCCCGCCUCGCCUUCGCCUCCCCCCGCCGUUUUCUCCCACGCCUACCAUCUCGCCGACUCCUCCGCUGCCGUCGGUGCCGCCUCUCCCUUCCGCGUUGCUACGUCUCUCAAGCACCCGCAGUUGCGACUUCCGUUGAUCCGUCUGUAUUUGGGGGUCCGAAGGAGCUGUCCGGCCCUCAGGCUGUCAUUAGCUCCCUUCCUCCUCCAGCAAGGCUUGCGUCGUCCAUUGUCCUUACUGCCAUCGCUAUUGCCGCCGGGUUUGGUAUAGGUGUUCGUCUUGGAGGAACUAAAGCUGCGGGGAUUGGUGUGGCGGCGGCCCUUGGAGCUGCCAGUGGUGCGGCAGCUUAUUCACUGAAUUCGAAAGUCCCUGAGGUUGCGGCGGUCAGCCUGCACAAUUUGGUGGUUGGGUAUGAUGAUCCGGCAGAUCUAAGGAAGGACGAAGUCGAAGCUAUUGUGCAGAAAUAUGGCGUUAGUAAGCAGGAUGAUGCAUUUAAAGCAGAGCUCCGUGACUUGUAUAGUAGGUUUGUUUCUUCUAUUCUUCCACCUGGAAGUGAAAACCUCAAAGGAAAUGAAGCUGAGACUAUAAUUAAAUUUAAAGACGCUCUUGGCAUUGAUGAUCCAGAUGCUGCAUUAGUUCAUGUUGAAAUCGGUAGACACAUUUACAGGCAAAGGUUGGAAACAGGAGACCGUGAGGCUGACAUAGAGCAACGCAAGGCAUUCCAGAAGCUUAUUUAUGUUUCAACACUUGUAUUUGGAGAAGCAUCGAAGUUCCUGCUGCCUUGGAAACGCCUUUUCAAUGUUACUGAUUCCCAGAUUGAAAUUGCUAUCAGAGACAAUGCUCAAAAAUUGUAUGCUUCAAAGCUAAAAGCAAUUGGACAAGAUAUUGACGAGAAGCAACUCAUUGAUCUUAGACAGUCACAACUGUUGUAUAAGCUUUCUGAUCAGACUGCAGGCGAAAUGUUCAGGGAACAUACAAGAAAGUUGGUUGAAGAAAAUAUUUCAUCAGCACUUUUUAUUUUGAAGUCUCGCACACAUGCUACCACGGGAAUAGCACACGUUGUUCAAGAGCUGGAUAAGGUUUUGGAAUUCAACAACAUUCUUAUAUCACUAAGCAAGCAUCAUGAAAAUGGUCAAUUUGCUCCUGGUGUUGGACCUAUAUCCUUACUUGGUGGGGAAUACGAUGGUGAUAGAAAGUUUGAUGAUUUAAAGAUUCUUUAUAGAAGUUAUGCAGAAGAAUCUUUUCCAGAUGGUCGUCUCCAAGAAGAAAAGCUUGCAGCUUUGAACCAGUUGAGGAAUAUAUUUGGUCUAGGGAAACGUGAGGCAGAGAACAUUAUGUUGGAUGUAACCUCUAGAGUCUAUCGUAGGAGGCUUGCUCGAGCAUUUUCUGGUGGUGAUCUGGAUGCAGCUCCUAGCAAAGCUGCCUACCUUCAAAACCUUUGUGAAGAUUUACAUUUUGAUCCAAAUAAUGCUAGCAAGAUUCAUGAAGAGAUUUACAGGCAGAAACUUCAACAGUUCGUAGAAGAUGGUGAACUGAGUGAUGAGGAAGUUGCUUCACUACAGCGUUACAGGGUUCUUCUUUGCAUUCAUCAGGAGACUGUUGAUGCUGCACACGCCGAUAUAUGUGGACGUUUGUUUGAGAAGGCUGUUAGAGAUGCAAUUGCAUCAGGCGUCGAUGGAUAUGAUGAUGACAUGAGAAACUCUGUGAGAAAAGCUUCUCAAGGUCUGCGCCUUACAACUGAAGCUGCCAUGGCCAUUGCUAGCAAGGCGGUUCGGAAAGUCUUCCUCACCUACAUACAACGAUCAAAAAGUGCCGGCAGUCGUACUGAAGCUGCAAAAGAGCUUAAAAAAUUAAUAGCAUUCAAUGCCUUGGUGGUCACAGAUUUGGUAUCUGACAUUAAAGGAGAGCAUGUUGCACCAACUGAGCCUAUCGAUGUUGAAGCUAAACCGGUAGAUGAAGAAGAUGAAUGGGAGUCACUGCAGACACUAAGAAAGACAAAGCCAAGCAAAGAGCUGGAUGCAAAAUCAAGCAAGCCGGUUCAGACAGAAAUAACACUCGGAGAUGACCUGCCUGAAAGAGACAGGGCUGAGAUCUACAGAACCUAUUUGCUAUUCUGCAUAACCGGGGAAACUACUGCAGUACCAUUUGGGGCUCAGAUUGUUACAAAGAAAGACAAUUCAGAAUUCCAACUGCUAAAACAGCUAGGGGGAAUAUUGGGAAUGAGUGAUAAGGAAAUAGUGGAGGUCCACCGGAACUUUGCAGAACAAGCAUUCAUGAAACAGGCUGAAAUUAUUCUAGCUGAUGGCCAGUUAACCAAAGCGAGGAUCGAGCAGCUCAAUGAGGUGCAGAAGCAGGUGGGAUUGCCUGCAGAGUACGCACAGAAAGUAAUUAAGAACAUAACAACAACCAAGAUGUCUCGUGCUAUCGAAACUGCCGUAGCUCAAGGGAGGAUAGGCAUUAAACAGGUUCGGGAGCUAAAAGAAGCUAAUAUUGACCUGGAUAACAUGAUCUCGGAACGCUUGCGUGAGAAUCUAUUCAAAAAAACAGUGGAAGAGAUUUUUUCAUCUGGCACAGGUGUAUUUGAAGAAGUGGAGGUGUACGAGAGGAUCCCCUCAGAUCUUAGCAUAGAUGCAGAAAAAGCCAAAGCGAUAGUAAAGGAGCAUGCAAAGAGCAGACUGGCAAACACAUUGGUCCAAGCUGUUGCACAACUCAGACAGAAAAACCGGGAUGGAGUGGUAUCCUCUCUCAAUGACAUGCUGGCUUGUGACACGGCGGUGCCUGCUGACCCCCUUACAUGGUCAUCUCCUAAAGAACUGGCCGACUUAUAUUGUGCGUAUCUGAAAAGCAUCCCCAAACCGGAGAAGCUUGCACGGCUGCAAUACCUCCUCGGCAUCAGUGAUGCGACUGCUACUAUACUAAGAGAUACUGCAGAGAGAGGAGCACUCCCCGAAGAAGAUGAAGAUGAAGAAAAGUUUGAGUUUUAAGAAUUUAUUUUGCAACCCGAAAUUUAUCAUAAUAAGAUUUUAUAUGAAUAGAGGGUGUAGACAUUUUUGAAGAGCUUGAAUGUUGUACAGUAGACAAGCUAAUCACACAAGGGUUACGAAAUUCAGUUAAUUUCAUCUCUCUCUAUA